AUGUCUGACGGCUAUCGAAUGUUUAGCGAAUUGCACACACCCUCCACCACCCGAUCCGCGAAACCUGUCCGUCUGAGGCUUGCUUGCGACGCUUGUACGACGGCAAAAGUGCGGUGCAGCAGAACUCACCCUUGCGAGCGCUGUGAAGAUAAUGGCCAAGCGAGAGAGUGUUCUUACAGUGCAUCGCGAAGACAUGGCAAGCGGGCAAGACAUCGUAAGAUUACUGAAACGCAAACGCAAAGAUAUUCGUCAUCGAGCAACACAGCCGCGUCUCCUUCUACUCUCACCACGUUCGGCAACGGGUUUGAGGGUAUCUCCAUCUCCGAUCUAGCUUGGGAUUACAGAGCCUCGGGAUACUCAGCAUGGGGCGAUUGCACGGCUUUGGAUAAUUGGAAACCACCCAUUGACGUCCCUAUCGACUUUGAUGGGUUGAAUGCUAUAUCUUGGGUAGAUCCAUGGACUUCUUUGGGCUUUGGGUUGGAUGUCAGUCCAUCAGGGUCGAGUGGCAUAUUAUCUCCAGACUCAUUGCUGUCGAUCGAACCAGCAGAUCCAACUACAGCCACCAAGAUGCAGGCUUUCAAACAGCCACAUGAAUGUGAAGAAGCGGCUUUACGUCUACUGCAAUCACUUCACUGCAACGAUCAAACGACAGAGUUUUGUAAACAAGCACACGGAAAUGAAUCACCACACCCAGUCCCAAGCAUUGAUACAGUCUUAUCCGUCAACAAAGCUGCCCUGGCAAACAUCAUUCCUCUUCUAAAGUGCGCUUGUGCGCGAAAACCUCAUAUCACGAUGCUGCACGGUGCAAUACUAUCAAAGGUCAUCUUCUGGUACAAAGUCGCAGUCACGGCUCGUUAUCAUACAGAAGGCGUCGCUAUCAGACCGAUCAAGAUUCAACUAGGGAUGUUGGACCUUGAUGAAGAAGAUCAAGCAACACUGCAGAAGACUGUGUUGCUGAGAGAAUUACGCAAAGCAGAAACAGUCAUGGAGACUUUUGAAUCCUCUUAUAACACGAAGGGCGAAAUGGCAAGUUGGAAUGUCUCUGCGGCGAGGAGUAUGACGGAACAGUUGCAGGAUAUUAUUCGGAAGAUUAAAAAUGGACACGAAGACUUUACGUAG